CAAAAAAUGUCAAACCCCAGCCCCACCACAACCUCACAAACAUUCUCCACCCUCCCCAUCCUCGCCCUCUCAUCCGCCCUCUCCCCCUCCACAAAACCAUCUUUCCUGGCCGAGCUGCGCGACGCGCUGCUCAACGUCGGAUUCUUAUAUCUCAGCGACACGGGGAUCCCCGAGGAGCUGGUUGACAAUGUGAUUGGCGAGUGUCGAGGGUUCUUUGAAACGCUGGGUGUGGAGGAGAAGAGGAAGAUUGAGAUGAAGAAUGAGAAGAGCUUUCUGGGGUGGAGUGAGCUCGAUAACGAAACAACGGCAUUCAAUACCGACCACCGCGAACAACUGGACCUGUCGACCCCACAGCCGCUACCGGGUCCCAUGGCGCCACUGUAUCACAAUCUGCUAGCACCCAACCAGUGGCCUUCGGAGUCGCUUCUCCCAUCGUUCCGACCCGUGUACGAAGAGUACAUGAGGCGCAUGUCGGAUAUAUCGAUGCUCUUCACCGGUCUGAUUGCCGAAGCUCUGGAUCUUCCUGCGAACGCUUUUGAGAAAUUCUUCGAUACGAACCAGCAGCACAAGCUCAAGAUUGUGAGGUACCCUGAAGUGGAUGUACCAGAUCUGCCGACGGGAGCGAGCGAAAUGGAUAGGAAGAAGUGGGAAGUUAAGCGACAGGGUGUAGGUCCACACAAGGAUAGCAUGUUGACGUCGUAUCUACUGCAAGCGAGCGAUCAGCCUGGCCUCCAAGCGCAGAAUGCACGAGGGGAGUGGGUAGACUGUAAGCCUAUCAAAGGCACUCUGGUGGUAGCCAUCGGACAGGGUAUGGAGGCGUUGACCAACGGCGUCUGCGCAUCGACCACACAUCGGGUUUUGAGUCCACGCAAAGGCGAAGGCGCGCGAUAUUCUGUGCCGUUCUUCCAAGGAGUGAGCUACGACGCUCAGUUUGAAGCUAUGGACGUGCCCGAGGCGGUGUUGAAGCUAAGGGACGAAGCACGCAAGGCGCGCAAAGACGAUGUCGAGUUUACUUUUGUCAAGGGCAAAUGGGGGCAUCUCGGUGAAGCGACGCUGAUGAACCGCGUCAAGUCGCAUCCCGAUGUGGGCGAGAAAUGGUAUCCCGAGCUGCUAGCCCAAAUCCGUGCGCAACAAGUAGCGACCAAAGUUUGA